GCUUUCUCUUUCCUUUUGUUCCCUCCUCCUUGGGGUCUCGCAGCAUAUCAACCAAUCACCACCGGCGGCCACCACCACCACCACCACCACCAUCGCCUCGCCGCCAGCCAGAUCCUCCCCCUCCCCCGCGCCAAUCACAUCGCCUCCUCCGAUUCCCAAGGAUUCUUCCCGCUCUCUUUCCUUCCUUCCCCAUUCAUCCGCUUCUUCUUCUUCUUCUUAUUCUUCUUUCUUGUUCCGAUCGGGGAUUCGGAUUUGGGGAUUCCGAGGCAGCGGCCGCGGCGGAGGCGGAGAGAGGGAGAGGAUGGGGUACGUGGGGCAGCACGGGGUGGCGACGCUGCGGAGGUACAAGUACAGCGGCGUCGACCACUCGCUCGUCGCCAAGUACAUCCUCCAGCCCUUCUGGUCACGAUUCGUCAACCUCUUCCCGCUCUGGUUCCCGCCAAAUAUGAUUACACUGACAGGCUUCAUGUUUCUAUUGACAUCGGCAUUCCUUGGCUUUUUUUAUUCCCCUCAUCUCGAUACAGCACCACCUAGAUGGGUGCACCUUGCACAUGGAAUGCUUCUCUUCCUUUACCAGACUUUUGAUGCUGUGGAUGGUAAACAAGCAAGACGUACCAACUCAUCAAGUCCUUUAGGCGAGCUAUUUGACCACGGAUGUGAUGCGCUUGCAUGUGCUUUUGAGGCCUUGGCUUUUGGAAGCACGGCAAUGUGUGGAAAAGCUACCUUCUGGUAUUGGUUCAUUGCUGCUGUCCCAUUUUACUGCGCAACCUGGGAACACUUUUUCACAAACACACUAAUUCUUCCUAUAGUCAACGGACCGACUGAAGGCCUUAUGCUAAUCUAUUUGUGCCAUUUUUUCACCUUCUUCACAGGAGCUGAAUGGUGGGCACAAGAUUUCCGGAAGUCAAUACCCCUACUAAACUGGGUACCUCUUGUUCCUGAGGUCCCAGUAUAUGGAAUUGCACUGUUUCUAAUGAUAGCUUUUGCUGUAAUUCCGACGAUUGGAUCUAACAUUCACAAUGUGUACAAAGUGGUCGAGGCAAGAAAAGGAAGCAUGCUGCUGGCACUAGCAAUGCUCUUUCCUUUUGGUUUGCUGUUGGCCGGAGUUCUUGUCUGGUCCUACCUAUCUCCUUCAGAUAUAAUGAGAAACCAGCCACAUCUUCUAGUUAUUGGAACUGGUUUUGCAUUUGGCUUUCUUGUGGGCAGAAUGAUUCUGGCUCACUUAUGUGAUGAGCCCAAAGGUCUGAAGACAGGGAUGUGCAUGUCCCUAGCAUAUUUCCCAUUUGCAAUUGCAAAUGCGCUGACUGCACGGCUUGAUGAUGGAAACCCCCUUGUUGAUGAGCAGCUAGUUCUCCUAAUGUACUGCUUAUUUACCGUGGCUCUCUACAUGCAUUUUGCUACAUCUGUUAUCCAUGAAAUCACCAAUGCUCUCGGGAUUCAUUGCUUCAGGAUCACUAGGAAAAAGGCAUAAUUGUGAACCAUCCACAAUUGCCUUGCUCUGGUUGGCAAUCAUAUGUUAUAUUUGCGCAAAAAGGCAAAUAUUUUCAAUUAUUCUUCAUGAAGAUUCUGCUCUUCAGAUCAUAUUUGCAUUUGUUAUUCCCAGGAUUGCUAUUAUCCGAGAUUGAAAUUAUCAUCAGAACUUGUGCUGAUAAGGAAACGACGUCCUUGGAAGAGUUGGAUUUUGUUUGUUGUAUCACCUAGAACUUCAAUUCAGUGAUGCUCGGCAAAACUUUUUUUUUGGGGGUACAUGUUGAGCAGAUUGGCAGAUGAUACAUUUGUAAUUUUUACAUUGUAGCAUCACCUGAGAUGCAGGUGUACAAUUUAUGCUAAAAAUGAUGCUCAUUAUGCCUUACAUAUUAUUCAUGCUCUUUUUUUUGAGAGAGAGAGUAAACUUAUAUAUACAUACUAUUAUAUUCUAA